AUCCCUCCUAUUAUUUUUUCCUUUUCUCCAGCACAAACCAAAUCAUGAAUGCCCUUCUCUUCCUUCUCUUUCACAUUCUUGCAUUCUCUCUUUCCGUUUCCGGUCGGCCGGCAACUUUCCUGGAAGACUUCCGAGUCACGUGGGCCGACUACCACAUAAGGCAAAUCGAUGGGGGCAGGGCCAUUCAACUCACUCUGGACCAAAAUUCAGGAUGUGGAUUUGCUUCCAAAAGCAAGUAUUUGUUUGGCCGUGUAAGCAUGAAGAUCAAGCUCAUCCCCGGAGACUCUGCUGGAACUGUCACUGCCUUCUAUAUGAAUUCAGACACAAAUACUGUAAGAGACGAGCUGGAUUUUGAAUUCUUGGGAAAUCGAAGUGGGCAGCCUUAUACUGUCCAGACAAAUAUCUAUGCUAAUGGGAAAGGCGAUAGAGAGCAGAGAGUUAACCUGUGGUUUGAUCCUGCUGCAGAUUUUCACACUUACUCCGUUCUUUGGAACCACCACCAUGUUGUGUUUUAUGUUGAUGAAGUGCCUAUCCGGGUUUACAAGAACAAUGAAGCUAGAAACAUUCCAUACCCCAAGUUGCAACCAAUGGGAGUGUUUUCUACUUUGUGGGAAGCUGAUGAUUGGGCUACUAGAGGAGGGUUGGAGAAGAUUGACUGGAGCAAAGCGCCGUUCUCCGCUUUCUACAAGGACUUCGACAUUGAGGGUUGUCCCGUACCAGGACCGGCAAACUGUGCCGCAAACCCAGGAAACUGGUGGGAGGGCAGUGGCUAUCAAGCCCUCAAUGCUCUCGAAGCCAGGAGAUACAGGUGGGUCCGAAUGAACCAUGUGAUCUAUGACUACUGCACCGACAAAUCACGAUACCCAGUUCCCCCACCGGAGUGCACCGCCGGCAACUAAAAUCAGUUCAAAGCUGCUAGCCGGUGUUGGGUAUAUAGAAACAUUCAUAUCAGUUGCCUUGUACUUUCCGUAAAUGUCCGUGUAUGCUACCUGUAUCAUAAACUAAUAAUAAACAUGCAAACUUGGGGGUAUAAAGGGAAAUUAAGCAAACUUGAGGGUGAAAAGAAAAUAAAGGACUUCGUGAUGAAGCAUAUGUAAGCUUUGAUUCCAAGACUCUGCAGAAGCGAGCGAUUGCUAUGUGUCUCUAUGUAUUUUCGUGCAUGGUACUCCGGUGCCAAGGUAGCUUUCCUAUAAAUUGUAUGUAUUACCUUCUGUUUUUUCCAUGAAAGGAAAUAUCUUUAUCAUGUGUGUUUGAGGCUCAAGAAAAAAAUGACGGUUGG